AUGGCCGACGCUGCCGCCCUCCUCAAGCUCUCCGAGACCGACGUCUCGCAGGAAAUCACCAAGGAGCAGUACAUCCCAGUUCUCACGAACCCGCCCUUCGUGUUCGUCGACGGCACCUUCAACACGCGAGACAUCGGGCUAGUUCCCGGUAGUCCGAUCCGCUCUAACUUCGCUUUCCGAUCCGGUGCUCUCGUUCGGCUGACAGACAACGGCCGUGCUGUGCUUGAGGGUAAGCUAGGCGUCAAGCGUGUGUUCGACUUACGGUCUCCUGAGGAGCGCGCGGGUGCCCCGGACCCCGCGCUUCAGGAUGUCGAGAACACCUGGAUCGAGAGCACACGGCCCGACUCGACGCCCGAGCUAGACCACUUUGUCCCCGGUGAGGGCGAGGAUGGGUACCGUGAGAUGUACCUCGAGGUCAUAGAUGUGUACCAGGAGAGCUGGAAGGCGAUUCUAGAACAUGUUAGGGAUCGACCGAGCGACCCGUUCCUGGUCCACUGCACUGCCGGACGCGACCGAACGGGCGUACUUUCCGGUCUUCUGCUAGCCCUUGCCGGCGCGUCGCAAGAAACCAUAAUCCUAGACUACAUGCUAUCGCGCAUAGGGACCGAGCCAGUUCGGUUGAUGCUUUUGGAGUUCGCGGUAGCCGGUUCGCAUGCGAAGAGCAAGGAACAGCCGGGUUUCCACAAUUUGAUCAAUCUGCGGGCCUCGAGCUGGAACGCGUUUGUCGACGGCGUGCAGAAGGAGUACGGCGGCUUCGAGAAAUUCGUUACGGAUAAGCUAGGGUUUUCAAAAGAUGAUUUGGCGAAGAUCAAAGCGAAUUUAAUAAGCUCUUAA